AUGGCUGUAAUCACAGAAAAGAUCGUGAAAAAGACCUGCAGCAAGAAAGCAGAUCUGCAUGACAGACUAAAUCCCGACUGGGCACCAAGCAUAGGUCUUCGUGGAGCACAGAUCCUCGCAGUACCUGAAGAAACUCCAAGUGUAAGCCGCUAUAACAGAAUCAAGAAUCGGACCCAGCGCAGGUUGUAUUCAGAAGAGAUACGUGGAGAUGAAAUUGACAGUGUGAUAGAAGACUUCGAUGAUGUGAAUGUCAACAGCAAGUUUGUGAGUACAGGUGUGCAGACAGACAUUACAUUUAGUUUUAUCAAUGGGAUGGAAUGUGAAAUAAAUAGUCUUCGUUCUGAACUUGAAAGCAUUAAAAAGCAACAAACAGUGCUGUUCAACGAAGAAUUCUUUGUGGAGGAUGAUGAUAAAGUGAAACAACUGACUGGUAUAAACACAUAUGCUGUGUUGAUGGUAGUAUUUGAGUAUCUUGCUAACUUUUUACCAUGCAGCGAGUCACUUUCAAAGUUUGAAAUUUUCAUUAUGACACUCAUGAGAUUGAGAUUGAAUCUUUCAUCUAUGUUCAUAGCGUAUUUAUUCCAAGUGUCACCAUCGACUGUGUCAAGACUUUUCUCUAGCACAAUAGAUGCUAUGUAUGAACGACUGCAUCCAUCCAUAUACUGGCCAGCCCGGGAAACACUUGAGAAGACAAUGCCGAUGCAAUUCAGGAAACAUUUUGGCAGAAAAUGUGCAGUCAUAAUUGAUUGUUUCGAGGUUUUCAUCGAGCGACCUUCCCGCUUAGAGGCCAGGGCCGAGACAUGGUCUUCAUAUAAGCAUCACCACACUGUAAAAUUUUUAAUUGGUAUAACUCCUCAGGGCACUGUCUGUUUUGUUUCUAAAGCUUGGGGUGGUCGCACCAGUGAUAAACAUUUGACUGAAAACUGUGGAUUUCUUUUCAAGAUCAUGCCAGGAGAUUUAGUGUUAGCUGACCGUGGGUUUGAUAUAGGUGCAAGUGUAGGGUCUCAUGCCGGUCAUGUUCAUAUUCCAGCGUUCACUCGAGGCCAAAAUCAACUUUCAGCUGCUGAUAUUGAAACAACACGCAAACUAGCAAAUGUCAGAAUCCAUGUUGAAAGAGUGAUCGGACUUGUUCGCCAGAAGUACACAUUUUUGAAUGGUGUCAUUCCUAUUCGUUUUCUGAUGCAAAAGGAUGAAAAUGAUGUGUCAACUAUAGACAAAAUAGCAUUGAUAUGCUGUGCCCUGAUUAAUUUUAAUGACUCCAUUGUAGCUGUAGAUUAA